AUGACAACAAGUUCAAUACAAAAGAUGUUAAUAUUACUGGUUUAUUAUGGUUUCUUGUUUCUGAAUUAUGUUAAUAGAAAUGCUGUCGCUAUUGAAUGCUUAGCUUCUGAUCAAGAAGCUCUUCUAGACUUCAAAAAUGGGCUUCAGUAUUCUCACAACCGCCUCUCUUCAUGGAGAAACACCAACUAUUGUCAAUGGCAAGGAAUACGCUGUGACAACGUCACAGGGAACAAUGAAAAUCUCAAAGCAAGCUGUUCUCAACUCUUGAUGAAAGGAUGGGAAAGGAUACAAGUACUUGAUUUAUCGAUUAAUAAAUUACACGGGAGACUUCCUUCAUCCAUUGGAAACUUGACCUAUCUUACUUACUUGGAUCUUCAUGAUAAUGCUAUUGAGGGUGGUAUUCCUAGUUCCAUUGACCUAUUUGGUGUCACUUUUGUACUUUUCAAGGAAGGACUUGGAGAGGCAUAUGAUAGAGAUAUUGCAUUUGCAAAUGCUCUAGAAACUUUUGGUGGGGGUCACAAUAACCCCAUCAAUGUAGAUUUUAAAGGCCCUGUUAUGACCAAGUUCCCUAUAGCCUUAAGAGAAAUCAGGUUGAGGCUGUAA